AUGAAAAUGCGUUUAGUUGAGAAAAAUGAAGAACGAGCUUUUAUCAUCGAUUGUCUUAAAGUAUAUAAGUCUCUUCCAGCGUUAUGGGACGCCAAAUCGCCGGAAUACCGCAAGAAAGAUAAAAAGAAUGAAGCUUAUGAGAUUUUAGUUCGUAAAUUUCGAGAGAAAUAUACAAACAUAAAUCGGAAAGAUGUGACCAAAAAAAUUAAUACGCUGCGAACCAAUUUUCGCAAAGAAGUAAAACGUCUUUCACAAGAAAGACGUGAUGUGUCCAAAUUAUGGUACUUUGACGACAUGAAAUUUCUAAUAGACCAUAUAGAAACGAAAGAAGAGAAUUUUCAUAUUAUGUACGAGGACGGCGAACCAUUAAGUAUAGAAAUCAUUGAUGAAUCUUCUACACUUCCCGACAAAAGUAUUAAACUCAAUAAAAGUGAAUAUGGAACGCAAUCAAGCGCUGCGAACAUUUCUCAUACUGGAUCAUUAGGGGAGUAUGAACUUAAGUUGGCCGAAACUUGGGCUAUGGAACUACAAAAGAUGACGCCUGAACAACAGAUUUACGCUAAGAAAGCCAUUAAUGACAUAAUUUAUGAAGGGCAGCUAGGAAACCUAUACCGAGAUUGUGUACAAAUUUACCCGCCAUGAAUAAGAAUGAUAAAACUUUUAUAACCUUGAGUUGUAUUCAAUAGUCCUUAAUACUAAAGUUAAAACUCUAAAAUAUAUA